AUGUUUGCCUCCUUUUCAAGGCAAACUGGACAAAGUACAAAGGCUCUCAACCUUGGUUCAUACAACUACCUUGGGUUUGCGGAGAAUGUUGGGUCAUGUGCGGAGGCUGCAGAGGAGGCAGUAAAACAAUAUGGUGUGGGAGGAUGUAGCCCACGACAUGAGUAUGGUAAAGACUCAUACAGUAUUCAAACUUGUACACUUUUCCUAUGAAGCUAUUAUGGUCCCUAUGAAGGCGAAAAGGUUCAAUUACAGGGUUUGCAAAUUUUAUUGAUGAGUGGAGUCAGUGUGACUUCUGGUUCACAAAUUUUUGAGUCAUUUUGGAAUAUUUGGAGUCAAGUAUCACAACGAGAAAAGCCAAACAGACUUUCCAGCACAUGGUCCUGGCAUGUAUACACUAUCGUGAGGGAUACACCUUUCAUCGUAAUUUACCCUCUUCCUGUUUUUUGGUCGUGCAGUAUAAUUCUUUAAUUUCGAUGAUUUAAUUAAGGUUUACAACGUUUACAAUUAACGUAAAUUGUAUUUGUUGUGAAAAAGGUAAGGACAAAACUAUGUUUGUUACCGAAGAUUUCUGGAGUCGAAGUGACUCCCUCCGUAACCUCAGUGGAGUCAUUUGAACAAUUUUGGCAUAAAAUACGCCAAAUUUGGCGUAUUUGCGAACCCUGAAUUAUCCAUGAUAUUAGAAUUAAAUUUGUGGUUUGCAGAUUGUCAUCACCAGAUUAUGCAGAGCUUGACAUUAAAGGGUUGCCCACGUUCCCAGGGCAACUAAAAGUUUUUUGGGGGCAACUUAGUUUCAGGUUCUAGUUGCCCUAUUGAUCAACUGUUAAUUUCUGGGAAUGUGGCUUCUGGGUAAUUUAUCUUCUUUAAUAGUUGUUUCAUUCGAGCACUUGUUCUUUUCCAUUGAUUGGAUAGACAAAUGGCUGACAAACGAAUAGUAAACAGCUUUUCAAAGGUUUUAAGAACAGAAUUGACCAGUCCGAUUGCAAAAUCCACUAGCCUUGGGCUACUAGACACAGCUUUCUUUGCCAGUGCACCAUGCUGCUACCAUUUCAGUUGCCAUGGCGAGUGAAAAAAGAUAUUGGUGACUAAACUUGCAGCAAAAGUUGUCAAUUUGGUGACCUUUUUUUUUGGUAGUCAUGUUUCAAGGUGUACAACAUUAGUUUAUCAGUUAGUGUAAAUGGUCUCUCUAAAGUUAAAUUUAGGUGAACAUUUGCAAGAAAUAUUAUUUAUGCUCGGUAUUCAAGACAAUAUAUUUCUUUUCACCCUGGUUGUCCCAGUGUGAACUGUGGGGCAUCCAAAUUUGAUUGCAAUGUAGGCAUGAUAGUUAGGCAGCCAUUUUGAUAAGGCAAGUGGGAACUGGGUCAGAUGACAACAAGAAUGAAGGUAUCUUGUUGCAACAGCUCUUUAAACUUCAAGCAAAUAAGUAUGAUGCAAAAACUGAUUUCCCAUGAGAAAAAGUAUUCUUUGCACUUGCUCUGGUGAAAAACAAGUUGGAAAAAUGCAUCUGUUCUUUCAGGUGUCAUCCAGGCAUUCAGAGUUUCAUGCUUUCAUCAUGUACAAUACUGGAGUAUUAAUUAAAGCAACGCCGGAAACUGCAUUAUUGUAUAUUUGACUGGUUUUAGUAGCUGCCAUUGAGAUCAGACAAAAAAUUCGUGCCUGACAUGGUACUGCACUAAAUGGGUUUGCAUGUGUCUAAAAUUAAUAGCUGUAAAACAAAAGGAAAAGUACAACCUUUCUUUUAUUUCAUCAUUCGAUGGAGUUUACAACGAUGUGCGAGGUAGACAACAUUUUGAGAAAUUUGAAGGCUUUUUUUGCUGCUGGAGAUUCAUUUGCUGCAAAAAAAGCUACUGAAACUUGGCAAAAAUAUGAAUCAGUUCUACGGAAGGAAACUGUUUCAGAAAUAUUAUUACUUCAGAAGCUUAUGUGAGUAUCAAUGUACUUUGAACAGCUUCAUGCAAAACACAUGAAAAAUGAAAUACUGGUACAAUCAAUUUGGUCAGUGGUAUAACCCUUUCUGUAAAAUUACUCCAGGCUUUUUUUAAUGGCAACCAAUAUUUUAUGUCAGGCAACUAUUUUAUACUUUAAGACUUCGAAAAAAAUUGAGCUCGGAGUACUGUUUGGAUGCUGUUUGUUCAUGUAGUGUUUCCCAGGAUGCCUUUAAUGUAGAUGUUACAGGUCAAAUUAUGGUGUGUUUCUCUCCCCUGCAGGUACUCUGGAAAACCUGCAUGAUGAGUUAGAACAUCUUGUUGCACGGUUUAUUGGCAAACCAGCUGCUAUGACGUUUGGUAUGGGCUUUGCUACCAACUCAACUAACAUACCAACCCUGGUAGGUAAAGGAGACCUAAUAGUCAGUGAUGAGCUGAACCAUGCAUCACUUGUAUUGGGAGCUAGAUUGUCAGGAGCAAAAAUUAAGGUCUUCAAACAUAAUGGUAAGAAUUCUUCCAGUUAUGUUUCAUUAGUAGUUGGUGCCCACGGUAUAGAGAGGAGACGUCAUUACAUCACAUGUCCAUGGUAGCAAAAUUUCUGGAUCGCAACAAAGCAUGGUCCUGCAAAUAUGACAGAAAAAAAAACAAAAAAUUGACAUUGGUGACUUUCCUGUGCAUGAUUGCCCUUAGAAACAAACUGUAAGCUCUUACUUUUCUUCCAUCGUUCAACAAUGCAAAUGGCCGUCUCUGUCAAGAAAGAUUAUUGAGAUCCAGAAAGUUUGCAAAUGUGGGCAACAUGAUGUCACACUUCUCCUCUCUGUUACUUCAGAUAACAUUAGAAGCAAAUGUUCUGUAACUACAGCUGUACAUGUAGUUUUAAAUGUCAUAUGAAGACAGUCUCCUUUCAAGAAUCAUAUUAGGUAUAAAUGUACUUGUAAUUUAAACAAGUUUCAUUUUUUAUUUCUUUUAUGUUGCAUGGAAAUAUGUAUUAGCCUUUCUGCUACUGGAGAAUUUGCGAAAAUAAAGUUCAUAUAUUUCUCUAUGUGUGUUUAUACAGGAUUUUUUUUGUAAAUUGCUCAGUAAGAUUUCUUAUAAUUUAUUUAAGUUAUAAUUUAUUUUGUAUCUGCCUUUAGAUAUGAAGAGUUUGGAGAAUAUUCUCCGCGAGUCAGUUGUCCAGGGGCAACCUCGCACCCACAGACCUUGGAGGAAAAUACUUAUCAUUGUUGAGGGUGUAUACAGGUGAGCUAAGAUUGGUGAAGCCAUAUAUAUGCAUUUUUGACCACACAUUUUUAUGGACUAUAAAUACGAAAAAUCUCAAACAAGCUCUUUUGACCGAACAGUGUACAAGUUUAGUGUUAAUAACCGAGACAACUUGGUCACUGAUUUUUGGAAAACACUGUCACAAUUGCCAUUGAUGUAGAAAAUAAUAUUUAGCAAUAUAUUAUUACAUUCAGCUUUCGUAUGAUCUGUAGAUAUCACUAAAUGUAUGUAUAAAUUAAUGUAAAACCAAAUCCAGUUAUAAACCCUUACAAAAAUAGUGCCUAUUUUACCUCUAUUUUUUUUCUAUUUUCCAUCCUAUUUGUUCUCUAUCAUUUCCUUGGUUUUUCUCUAUUUUUAAGCACUAUCAAGCACUAUUUUAAAUAUAUUUUUACUCUAUUUUAAACCUGUUAUUUUGAAACAAAAAAGAGGAAAAAAAUAGUGUUAAAAAAUAGCCUUAAAAUAGUAUAUAAUUCUGAGAAAAAUAGGGUUAAAAUAGUCUGAAAUUGAAAACUGCUGAAAUAUCAAAUAGCAAUAAAAUAGAGAAAAAAUAACCAAAAACCAUCAUUAAAGUAGAAAUAUAAUAGAGGAAGCUUCAGAACAAAAUUGAAAUAAAAUAGGGAGGUGAUUUAAAAACUAUUUUUUCCCUAUUUGAAACAAAAAAUAGGGACAAAGCAAAUAGAUUAAUUUUAUAAUGGUGUUGUAAAAUAGCUAAAAAUAGUGUCAUUUUCUGCAAAAAUAGGGUUAGAAUAAGGACCUAAAUGCAAAAAUUCCAUACUUAAAAAGUAUGUACUAAUAUAAAUAUAACUUAUGGGUCAAAUGUGCCUACCAUAUUUUUUAAAUUAAGAACAAACACAGUACAGUGAAACCUUGAUUUAAUGAAGUGCCAUUAAAGGGACUGGGAAAAUUUGUUUGAUACAUUGAGGGUUCAUUACAUUGAAUGCCUCCGUUUAACGAAUUUUGGAGAAAACUACCAAAAUGAACAUUAUAUCGAGGUAUAGUUAAUAAUUAAUUUACAAAACCUAGCAUUUCCGGAUCUGAAUAAUUACCGUAAUAACAUUUCAGUACCGAGCCACAAUAUAUUUACGGCACUAGAAACUCAAGAACAGGCAAGAAAAACUGUCUAAACCGACUGUAGACAUAAAUUUUAUCCUUGUUGGUCUGUUUGGCAUUCAUCUUUUAUCACGUGCUGACAUUUAUUCAUUAUAUCGAGGUAUAUUUUACGUUUUCCCUUGUGGAUCGUGUUCGUUAUAACGAGGAUUUCGUUAAAUCGAGGUCCUGUCCAUACAUUUUACUGUAAUUUUGGCCGGGAUGAAGAAGAUUGUUCUUUAUAACGAGGACUUCGUUAUAUAGAGGUUUGUUAAAUCGAGGUUCCACUGUAAUCGAUAGCCACAAAGCUGGACUAAAUGAAUGAUAUAUGGCUCAGCUAGUCAAUUCCUCUUGACUCAGUGACACACAUCUUUGAUCCCAUAUAUUAAAUCUUUUUAUCACCUCUAGACCUUUUGGUUACUUACAAAAAACUUGAUUAUAAGCUAGGUGUAAUCAUCAUACCCUCUCAAAAUAAGUCUGAGAAUUCCCAGGAAUUCCUAGGGAAAAAUUGUUAGAAAUUCCUAGGAAAGUGUGAAUUUUCACAGUAAUUUUGGACUUGGAAUUCCUAGGAAUUCUUAGGAAUUCCCAGUUUGAAAAGUUCUGGUUCUAAAUUCCUAGAAAUUCCCACAUAUUCCAAAUGCAAAUGAAACUAGACUUGGAAUUCCCAGGAAUUCCAACUUACAAGUUCAAAAAUUCUUAGAAAUUCUCAGAAAUUCUUAGGAAUUCUAGGAGUUUACACUGGUUUAACGUCAUGUAAUCAAUCAACAUCCAUUAUGCCAGGAUAGUAAAGUAUAUUCAAAUUUAAUGAUUUAUAGUCAUCAACUGGAGAAAGCAUGAAAGUUACAGUUUAAACAAGUUUAUGUAUAAAUUGAACAGACAGAAAAACAGACUUGAUUAUAUUAAUUUUGAAACGGGAACAUACCAUAUAUGUUUAAAAAAAAGGAAAAGUCAGGCCAACUUUCUUCCAGCAAGCUUAUCUGCUAAGCCCUUACUGAGCUGGUCUCAAACUGAGAACAAAAUAAUGAACUGGAAACUAAAAUGGUGGUAGACAUGGCGAUAAAAAUAAGCCGGUUAAGCUUACAUUUUCAUAACUACAGUAGAACCCCAGGUAACUCUAGCUCUGAAAAAGCGAAAAACAGUUCGAGUUUAAGGGGGGAAUUCGAGUUAUCGGGUAAAUUUCAGCGAAAUUUUGAUCAGUGGAAAGCAAAUUUAGUUCGAAUUAGCGGGGAAUUAGCGUAAUCCGAGUUAGAGUUAUCGAGGUUCUUCUGUAUACAUGUACAUAUCUGCCAGAAUCAGUAAGCUUAUUCAAGUAGGAUUCCAUCAACUAUUUGCAACAAUGACUACAGUCACGUCUCCAGUAAACAAAAAGGAACCAAUAACUGGUAUUUCUUGCAUCUUGACGUUUCCCGAUCAUAUUAGAAUGUUAAUAUUAUGUCCAGCGUCAAUUGUUUGAGAACAUACCUUCACCUUCCACAAUCCAGCUGACUUAUCUUUCUUGGACAUGACUGGAAGCACGUUUCAUGUGUCAACAACAAAAUAAAUGAACAAUCUGCCUUUAAAAAACGUCCAUUUUGGAAGCAAAAUAGCCUCGUGCUCUUGUAGCUUCUUGUUAAUAGAAAGGCCGCGUGAAUUUGAACCGAUAAACGGAACUUCAAUUCAUACUUUUCUAUUGGUUCAGAAAGCACACGUGACGAUGGAAGGUGGGAGACUGGUAACCAUUUAACUCAAACAACAAACAUUCAAACAACAUGGCGGAAUGGCAAGUCAGGUAAUCUACUUUUUGAUUGAGUUUAGUGAGUGGACAAAGCGGUCGUUUUCAGAGCCGAAUGAAAUAUUCCAAUGCUUUUGAGGUGUUAGCGUUAGCUACAAGAGGAAAAUUUCGCACUGAAACGAUGGGCAUUACCUACAAAGCUCCGACGAAAAACGUGUUGUGGACAUCCGUCAUCGUUUGGACUCAGUUGGACUUGCUCAGGAACAAGAGAACACACUUUGUCUUGAGAAUAUGAGGACCAGCGCUUACUUACUACACUUCUUCCGGUAAAUAAAUCACACAGACAGUUCUAUGGUCCAUGGCAAAUUAUUGAUGACCCUGAACCAUUCAGGCCAUGAAAUCGACAGUUGCAAAAUUCAUGCAGACCAGAUGAUGAAAAAAGAUUCAUAGGAUUUUCAUUGAACUCAUGCUGGUAGUGAAUUUAUACAUAUUUUGCAAUGGAAUGGAAUUUUUCUCCAAAAAUAAGAAAAAACAGUCUAUUUGUAAUCUAUUUACCAUUUUCUCAAGGGUUUCUUAGAUAAAAUAGAAUUGUGAUAGCCUAUUUUAUGUAUAUUUUUCACAGCAAAUGGCUGUAGUCUUUCCUAUGUGCAGAAAAAUACAAAUAAAACAGCCUAUUUUGUCACUAUUUUAUAGAACAAUUUAAGUUUUAGAUAUUAAAAUAGGAUUAAAAUAGCCUGCUUAACAUGCUUUUUUCAGUAUGUUCUGUGAAAACAGAAAUAAAAUAUACCACUCUUUUCUAACUUGCUUAAAAAUCGGUUUAAAAUAAAAGUAAAACACAAAUAAAAUAGAUGGGCUAUUUUCCUUUUCAGGUAAAAUAGGAUUAAAAUAUAACUCAGUGAGAAUAAAAUUGGAUGAAAAUAGACGUGAUAGCAUAAAAAUAGCCAUAAAAUAUAAAUAAAAUAGGGUUAUUUUUGUAAGGGAAUGAUAAUUAUAUUUUAUUAUUCAUUCAAAUUAUUUCAGUGCCAGUCUGGAGAAUUUGUAAGGGUUAACCUCCUUGAACUAAGCUAUAAUCUUGUAUUCUUUUAUUUUUUUCUAGUAUGGAGGGCUCUAUUGUAAGACUCCCAGAAGUCAUUGCCCUUAAAAAGAAAUACAAAGCAUACCUUUUCCUGGAUGAGGCCCACAGCAUUGGUGCCAUGGGUCCUCGUGGAAGAGGUGUGACUGAUUACUUUGGAGUGGAUCCUAAUGACGUUGACAUCAUGAUGGGUACAUUUACCAAGAGUUUUGGUGCAGCAGGAGGGUACAUUGCAGCAACUAAGGUGAGUUUACAUGUAAGAGUGCAGUUUAACUCUCUCUACAGUGGCCACUUGGGGGACAGAGGUAAUUGGCUGUUGUAAAGCGGUGACCUUUAUGGAGAGGUAGACCAUUUUUGAGAGAAAGGGUAGGACAUUUUUAUUUUCAAAACAUGUAUCACAAUCAAAGAAUGUCAAUGAAACAUAAACCAAAUCUUCAGCUCAUGAAAAAAAAAUUGUCAACAAAACAAAACAUGCAAAGUAGGAUAGAAUAAUAUUGGCACAUUCGCUUUUGCAUUGUGGAUCUUGUAAUGGCCAUUGUGGAGAAGUUAUUUUGGGAGUUGGGACAGACUGAAGUGGCUGUUGCUACUGUGCAGUGGUGUUUGUUAGCGAGAGGUCAGAGAGAGGUAGAAUUAUUCUACCAAAGGCCACCUCGUCAGGGGUGAAUGCAUUAGUUAUUAACCCAUUCACCCCUGAGCCAUGCGUUUCAGCUCAUGUGGAUCCACCUCCAUUGUACUGGUUUGUCAUCAGCAGUUUUAACAGUCCUUGACAACUUUGACACCUACAUGUAACUAAACCAUAUGCUCAAACUUGAUGUUUAGCCAAAUGUUUUAGCAUCAGGAAUAGAAGUCCACAAAGUGCUUGAAUGUGUACUGUCACUCUUCAAAUUUAACAUCCUUGGCAUAAAACACUUCUAGAUGGUCUUGACAUUCUAUGAGUACCUUUUUGUAUAUAUUCUACCACAUGAAAUUCAAGGUAUAUGUAUAUAUUUUUAUUAGGAGUACACUUUCAAAGUUCCUGUCCUUGAUGAGAGAGGUACAUGUAUGGAGAGCUUAGAUGUUUCCCAAGGCUGCCAAGUUGCAUUUCCCAUAUUGUUAUAUGAUUAAUUAUAUUUGCACUGUUUAACUAACAAUAGGUUAACACUGGUUUCAUUUUACAGGAGAUAAUUGACCAUAUCAGAGGUUGUUCCCACAGUGCUGCAUAUGCUUCGUCCAUGUCACCACCUGUUGCCAUGCAAAUUAUUUCAUCUAUGAAGAUGAUUAUGGGUGAAGAUGGCACUGAUAAAGGUUAGUUUUAGUGCGUUGGCAAUUCAACAAAAAUUCUGGUUUGAAAUUUGGGAAAUUCCAUGUGCCCAGUGGAACAGUACAUUCCAGUUGCACAGACCCGACCCAAGCCACCACGUGUUUGGUUAUUGUUCUUGUAAGUAAGAUACAAAAGAGUGGUAUUGGGGACAACAAUUUUGUCAAAUGGAACGGGUCAUUUCGGUCCAACCGACCAAGAUAACCAGACUAGUCAAAGUGGACCACCUUCAAAGCUGGUCCCAAAUAUUCUGGUUAGACCAAACCGAAAUGGUCCGUUCCAUUUGAUGUAACAACUGAAAUUUCCAGAGUUUUGGGUUGAAUGGAAAGGGUCCAUGAUGAGCUACAUCUCAGCCAAUGUCAGCAAGCAGUAAAUUCUCUUCUCUUUUCCCCGUGAUGAUGUGUAAUGCAGCCAGCAAUAGUGGUGCAAUUUUUAGGAAGGCAAAAUCUGCUUCACCUUUGUACUGCCAUGCUCAUGUCUUUUUUUAUUUUAUCCCCUGACCAAAAUUGGGAGGUGUAGAAGAAGCACCCUUUGAUUUGCCCAGACUCCUUGAUGGUUACAUGAGAAGACAAAUUCACACACCCAAACAAAAAGGCCUGCAAUGCUGAUGAGGAAAACUUGUUUAACAUUACAGACCUUUUCACCCCUUGCUGAUCAUUUCUGUUUCUCUUAUGACUUUUUAUGUUUGAUUAAUUAGUGAUGUUGUGAAAAGAAAUUAGAAGCUUGGUAACUCAACAUUUUUAUUUCUUCUCUCACAGGAAAGAAGAGACUGACUGCUUUGGCCGAAAACAGCAAGUAAGAAAGAGAAAAAUACAUAUAGACCUUUUUGCCAAAUAUUUGACAGGCAUAAUAAUUAACAAAAGACUAUCAUGGGAUGCCCAAGGGACAUGGGUAUAUGUAUUUCCACAAACCCCUUCAUUUUUGGACAAUUCACACAAAGUUUGUUUAAUGUACGAUUUGAGUGAGAUAAUGGCGAUUUUUUAACCAUUGUGUUGGGUUUUAAAAAUGGGCAUUUGCCAGUUCAGUUCAGUUGAUUUAUUUGGACAAAGUAAAAUUCAAAAAUGAUUAGCUUGCAAGGGAGUGCAAAUUAAUAAUUAAGAGGAUUCAAAGUCCAGGCUUCCUAGUCAUGGAAAGUAAAGAUAAAAAUAAGUCUAAAUUUACAUCUAUGCCCUGUUUNCUAUAAUUUCACUUUGAUCUCCAGCUUCAUUAUUUGAGUACGUGGUUACCAUCAGAAGACACAUUACAAAGCAGGAACGUACCUUUACCUUUCACAAUCCAGCUGACUUAUUGUUCUCGGACAUGACUGGAAGCACGUUUCAUGUGUCAACAACAAAAUAAAUGAACAAUCCGCGUUUAAAAUAACGUCAAUUUCUGAUGCAAGAUACUUGUGCUCUUGCUAAUGAAAGUCCGCGUGAAUUUGAAUUCACCAAACGGAACUUCAUUUCACACUUUUCCAUUGGUUCAAAAGGCGCUCGUGAUGACGCAAUUCACUUAGUGGGGAAACUGGUAACCAGUAUAGCUCAAACAUGGUGGAUGAUUUUGCUCCAUGAUGAGCAAGUUGAAAAAAGCGGUCGUUUUCAGAGCUAAAUAAAAUAUUCCAACGCUUUUGAGGUAUAAGCAGCGAGAGGAAAAUUUUGUAUUGUUUUUUUUAAGAAGCGAUGACCUUUUAUUAGGCAAAGCCGCGAUGAAAAACGAGUUGUGGACAUGUUUGGAAAGCUCAGGUACGAGAAGUGCACUUUGAAUAAGCUUUCAGUAUCGUGCUUAUUGUUGAUAAUUUUUUUUUAAAGAUUUAAGUUGCAAUAAAUGUUGUAUAUAGAUGCUGGUUAAUGUCAAGAAAUCCUUGUUGUUAUAGGCAAUUAAAGAAAUGAAUUCCUAGGAAUUCCCAAAAAUUCCCACUGGUGUUUUAACCCAUUCCCAAGUAUUCCCAAAUAUUCCAAGGUUUUUCAUCUUUGCUCAUUUGCAUGUCUUGGAAUAAAUUGGAAUUCCUAGGAAUUCCUAGGAAAUCCUAGGAAUUCCCAGAACUCUGGGAAUUCAUUUCGCAAGGGUAGCGCGCUGUCAAUCCAACAAAAAUUCUGGUUUGAAAUUUGGGAAAUUCCACGUGCCCAGUGGAACAGUACAUUCCAGUUGCACAGACCCGACCCAAGUCACCACGGGUUUGGUUAUUGUUCUUGUAAGUAAGAUACAAAAGAGCGGUACUGGGGACAACAAUUUUGUCAAAUGGAACGGGUCAUUUCGGUCCGACCGACCAAGAUAAUGGAACGGUCAAAGUGGACCACCUUCAAAGCUGGUCCCAAAUGUUCCGGUUGGACCAAACCGAAAUGGUCCGUUCCAUUUGAUGUAACAACUGAAAUUUCUGGAGUUUUGGGUUGAAUGGAAAGUGCCCAUGAUGAGCUAGAUCCCAGCCAAUGUCAGCAAGCAGUAAAUUCUCUUCUCUUUUCCCUGUGAUGAUGUACAAUGCAGCCAGCAUAUAGUGGUGCAAUUUUUAGGAAGGCAAAAUAUGCUUCACUUUUGUACUGCCAUGCUCGUGUCUUUUUUUAUUUUAUCCCCUGACGAAAAUUGGGAGGUGUAGAAGUAGCCCCCUUUGAUUUGCCCAGACUCCUUCAUGGUUACAUGAGAAGACAAAUUCACACACCCAAACAAAAAAACCUGUAAUGCUGAUGAGCAAAACUUGUUUAACAUUACAGACCUUUUCAUCCCCUUGCUGAACAUUUCCUUUUCUCUCGUGACUUUUUAUGUCUGACUAAGCAGUGAUGUUAUGAGGAGAAAUUAGAAGCCUGGUAACACAACCCUUUUAUUCCUUCUCUCACAGGAAAGAAGAGACUGACUGCUUUGGCUGAAAACAGCAAGUAAGAAAGAGAAAAUACAUGUAGACCUUUUUGCCAAUUUGACAGCCAUAAUUAACAAAAGACUAUCAUGGGAUGUACAAGGGACACGGGUAUAUGUAUUUCCACAAACACCUUCAUUUUGGACAAUUCACACAAAGUUUGUUCAAUGUACGAUUCCACUCCAGUGAGAUAGUGGCGAUUUUUUAACCAUGUUGGGUUUUAAAAAUGGGCAUUUGUCAGUAAUUCAAAAAUGAUUAACUGGCGAGGGAGUGCAAAUUAAUAAUUAAGAGGCUUCAAAGUCUAGGCUCCCUAGUCAUGGGAAGUAAAGAUAAAAAUAAGUCUAAAUUUACAUAUAUGCCCUGUUUUUGAGGAGACCAACAGUUAUUGCUGCGUUCAAAUGUUCUUCAAACAAAACUUGACAUAAAAUGUGACAAAAAAGAAUGCCUUUCCUCUGCAUCUUAACUUUUUGAGAACAACACAAGUGGUUACACAAGCUGGGAACUACAUACUGGUACAAUGUACAUACUGGUUUACCCAGUUGGCAUCCCAUAAUACAAUGUGGUCUGUUAAGAUUACAGCCUGUGUAGAAAGUCAUGUCCGGUAGCCUGGGGCUAGUGAGUUUUGUUCUUUAAUAACUUGCCCAACGGGCAAGUGCUGUUUUUUGGGAAAAUUCAAAUCACAGAAGGAUUGUAAUCAAUCCUGCUAAUCAAAAAGGGUUUUGGGGCUAGUUGAAAUGACUUGUGGGCUGGUACAUGCUAGCUACAGCUUGCCCGAAUGGCAGGCUGUAAAACUGACUUUCUUUGCACCCUGAGAUUAGUUUAUUCAUGGGUCGGCCCUGGUAUCAGUAAGAAGGAGUCUAUUAAUUCUUUGUUUACAUGUAGAUUAUUGGGAUGGGAUUUCACAACACAUCAUGUUGUUACUUUGUAGAUACUUCAGACAAAGACUCAAGAAAAUGGGAUUUAUUGUUUAUGGUCAUGAUGCCUCACCAGUCAUCCCUCUUCUUCUUUAUAUGCCUGCCAAAAUUGCGUAAGUGUUAACAUGUAGUUCAAGAUUUUGACAGUAGUUUGUUAUUAUAGGCAAGCCUUCUGCUAGAGUGCUUGUUGAAUUGGUCAAAAUAAUAUAAGGCAUUAUGCUACAGUGCCAAAAAUAUGUAGAAUUUUUCAGAUGUGAUUUGAGCCAAGUGUGCAAAAAUAAGUCAGCGAGAAUUAUAUUUAGUCUUUUUAGCAUUAAAGUGACUUUAAGACAGUUGCCUGCAGUAGUGCUGUGUCUGUAUUACCUACAAAGGUAGCAUAUUAAAUUUUUUAACAUUAAUAUUAAUUUUCUGAAUAUUGGAUUUGAAAUAGUGUGAUGUGAGUGAUGUUUCUUAAGCAAAUGUCUUCUUAUAAGUUGUAUCUAGCAUAUUGCUUGAAAAAGUCAACAGCUAGUGAAUUAGUCAAGAUGUUCUUGUUAACAAGGAUUAUCGUCUGAUGUACAAUCAAACAUCAUUCAUGAUUCAUGUCAUGAAUACCGUAAAUACUUGAAUUAGCGCCCGGGGCACUUAUUUCAUUUUCUAAGGCAGGAGGGGGGCGCUGAUUCAAAGGGGGGCACUUCUUUGAAGCUGGGCGCUAAUUUGAGCAUUUACGGUAUUGAUUGGAGUGUAACAUGCUUUGCUGAAGUUGUUAACAUUGUUAACUAUUUGAGCCCACUGAGCUCAAUUUUGUGAUUGUUGUCACAAGGGUAUAUCCCUUUUCUAUAAUUUGUUUUUUAGUGCCUUUGGCCGUGAAAUGUUAAAGAGGAAUGUCGCUGUUGUUGUUGUUGGCUUUCCUGCCACUCCUUUGAUUGAGUCUCGUACCCGGUUCUGCAUGUCAGCAUCGCACACCCGUGAACAGCUGGAUAAGGCAAGUGAAAACAACAAUAGCUUAUAGCAAAAACAAAAUUGACUGUAACUCUUUUAAUUUAUACAUUUACUCUCAUCAGUUGACUUGUUUUACUCCCUUGAAUGACCAAAAUCAAAAGCAAGAAAAGUUUUGAAUUUAUUUUGUCAAAGUGAAUGUCAGAUUUCAAACUUUAUUAUACAAAUGUAUUAACAGAGAGCGUUUAUUUUCUGAAUGGGUACACCAUAGUGACAAGGCUGUCACAAAGGGUCAGGUGCCUGGGAUUUCCCCUGGCUACUAUGAGAGAAAACAAAAGGAAAAUACUGUAAAACAUAAAGAACUUAAAUCUUUGUAGCUCAGCAGUUUCCCACCUACUAACUGCUGUACCUGACAACUUGAAAUCUUGGUGACAGCAGUGAUAGAGGGUUCCUGCAGUCUUAAAAAUUCCUUGCAUUUUAGGGGGACUCCCUGAAAAGUCCUUACAUUUCUGUGCAAGUCCUUGAGAAGUCCUUAAAUUUUCUUUUACCCUGAAUGUGGUUGCCUGAAAAGUGUUUUUAAUGCUUCUUGUAAAUUGUGCACUUACAUAAUAUAGAUCAUAGCUCAGAGAAGUUAAAGGUGACUUUCAUAAAGCCUUUUUUGUUUUUUGCUAAAAUUACCUAUCAAUUUAAGACAAGUGAACUAAAAAAUGUAGAGAAGUUGGUGGAGCAAACAGCUCAAGCCUUUAAAGUCCUGUUAGAAUGGACUGGGAAUAUGCAUUUUUGUACAAUCUGUGACAUUAAUUUCCUAGUAGGUGGUCCUUGAAAAUUGAAUGUGGUCCUUGGAAAAUCCUCAAAAAAGGGUUGCAAUUUUUUGUAUGAACCCUGGUGGGGUGAAGCUAAAACGUUUGCUUAAUAUACAUUGCGGCAGUUCACAUCAUCUUCAUUCUAUGGUCAAUUACAUGGACCAUACUUUUGUGUAUUUAAAUGACAUAAACAACAUAAUUACCUCUCUCCCAAUGUACGUACGUGUACAUUUAUGGGUCUUCAUAGCUCAGGUGGCAGAGCGCUGAAACACUUAUGCAGAGGCCAUGGAUUCGAUUCCCUUUGAAACCUGAAAUUAAUUCUUUUUCGGCCUAAAUUUGCAAUAUUGCUCAAAUUCCUGUUUAUUAAAACUGUGGUGGUUAUAUCCUCGUUUAGAUUUAACAUAUUUUCCUCUUACAUUUUAGGCCCUUGAAGCCAUUGAUGAAGUUGGAGAUAUUCUUCAGCUAAAGUAUUCAAAGCAAACUAAAAACCUGAAAGCGUGA